UCUCCUUUCCUCUUUCACUAACACAUUUAAACACAACAAUCUUGAACAUUCAACUGAUGACUUUAAUAAAAUUAAUAAUUUAGGUCGCAUUUUUGUUUUGUUUAACCUUUUAUCAGUUUCCGUAUAGUGAUGAGUGAUUAUUCUUCAAAUUACAAUAACAGUGCACUACAGAAAGCCCGCCAAGUCGCUGCCAAACUUCAAAUUGCUGGUCAAGUAAAUAACAAACGUUCACUUGACGACUUUGACGACGAGCCCAAUUCAAAACGCUUUAGUGGAGGUUCUGAUUGGUCAGGUAAUCCUUCGAUGAGUCCAGCACAUCUUCAACAAGCACAACAAGCCGCAGCUCAAGUUGCCGCUCGUCUCGGUCAGCCCGGUGGCUAUCAUCAACAAAACUCAACCAUUCCUAACCCAGAAGCUGUUCAAAAGGCAAAAGAAUUAAUCAGUAAAAUGAUUCCACAGAGUAGCGUGCCCGGAGUUCCAGGAAAUGGCCCACCAAACCCAAGACCUGGCUUAGGUGCAAAUAAUUAUGACGAAAUUAUGAUUCCCGGCUCAAAAGUCGGCUUGAUUAUCGGAAAAGGUGGUGAAACAAUUAAGCAGCUUCAGGAACGUACUGGUGCUAAAAUGGUCGUCGUUCAAGAAGGCCCAGGACAGGAGAUGGAAAAGCCUCUUAGAAUCUCUGGUGAUCCACAAAAAGUUGAACAUGCCAAGCAACUUGUUUAUGAGCUUAUUCAAGAUAAAGGCGACUCGCAGCAACAAAAUAAUCGUAACAAUUACAAUAAUAGACACCAAGAUCGUGGAGAUCAUGGCGGCGGUCAUGGUGGCGGUGGAAAUUAUGGCGGUGGACCACCAGGUGGUGAACAAAUGGAAAUUUUCGUACCGAAACUUGCUGUCGGAGUUGUCAUCGGUAAAGGUGGAGAUAUGAUAAAGAAAAUCCAAGCAGAAACUGGAUGUCGUUUGCAAUUCUUACAAACAAAGAAUGAUGGACCUGGAGAUCGUCGUUGUGUGAUCCAAGGAACAAAACAACAAGUUGACGAUGGCAAACGAAUGAUUGAAGAUCUCAUCGAAAGUGUUAUGAGACGUAAUAAUGAAGGACAUUGGAAUGGAGCUGGUGGUGGUAACAAUUCCGGAGGUUAUCAGCAACAUCAACAAAUGCAAGGUGGCGGUGGUGGUGGCGGCGGCGGCGGCGUUCAAGUAGUUCAAGAACAAUUUCAAUUUGUCGUGCCUGCAUCAAAAUGUGGAAUUAUUAUUGGUCGUUCUGGUGAUACAAUCAAACAGAUUAACUCACAAUCAGGAGCACAUUGUGAAAUGGACAGGAAAGUUUCUGCCAAUCAGACUGUUGAGAAAACAUUCACGAUUAAAGGUGAACAACAUCAAGUCGACGAAGCAAAGCGAUUAAUUCAAGAUAAAAUAAAUAUGGACAUAAAUCUUGUUCAUAUUGGAUCGCAAACUGUAACGCAACCAGCAAAUGGUUUUGGUGGACAAAAUGCUCAAGCACCUUAUCAACAAUGGGGUGGAUAUGGAGCUGGAAGCAAUCAAGGAUGGGAUCAGAACCAACCGGGACAUAUGCCUGGACAACCAGGACAAAUAGCUCAAGGACAACCAGAUUAUUCUCAGCAAUGGAUUGAAUAUUAUCGCUCAAUGGGAAUGACGAGGGAAGCAGAAGCAAUCGAAGCUCAGGUCAAAGCAAAACAGCAAAGUGGUGGACAAGUCUCAGGUCAUGCACCUCAGCAACCGACAAAUGGAGCCGCAGCAGCUGCAGCAGCAACAGCUACACAACAAGGUGCUGCAACGCAAGAUUAUAGCCAAGAGUGGGCUAAUUAUUAUCGUUCACUUGGAAAAAUUGAAGAAGCGGAAGCAAUUGAAAAGCAAAUUGCAACUGCAAAGGCAACACAGGCUCAACCACAAGCUGGCAAUGCUUAUCCAGGCGCUCAAAAUAUGGCUGCUUAUCAGCAAUUUCAACAGCAGUAUAAUGGAGGAUAUCAAGGACAACAAUAUCAGUAUCCUGGAGGUUAUCCAGGCGCUCAACAAAACAACUCCGACAAGAAUUGAGCGACUUAUGAUAUGAAAUCUUAAAAAGAAAAAGAAAAGAAAAAUUUGUUUUUCUUUGCCUGAUGAAAAUAUUUUUUGUGUAUGUACAGUUUGUCCUUCUCCUCAAUCCAUUCCCAACAAACAAACAACAAUCCAAUCCUCAAUUCAUUCUCAUUAUUGUAUUCCAUCAAAAGUGAAUUGCAAAGAAAUAAAGCAAGAAAAAGAGAAAAAAUCUAAAAAUUUGCACAAAUAAAAACCGAAAUACAAAUAAACAAAAAAAGUUUAGCAUUUCAUCGAUAAUUCAUCGAAAUAAAAAUGUGCGAGGAUAGGAAAAGGGAAAAAGGACACUUGGAGCGUCAACUUCAGUUUUUCUUAUUCUUCUUAUCUUUUUUAAUGUAAGAAAACGUGUUUUUUUUUCAUUUAUCUAAUUACAUAUAUUAUAAAUAUAUAAAUUACAUAAUUACUCAACACUUAGUAUGUAAGCUCGCAUCUCAAUUUCUUUUCUGAUUUAUUUAGUCCUGAUGCUGUUUUUUUCUUAUAUUUUUACUAUCGAAAUGAUGAAAGUAUUUAAAAGAAAAGAUAAUAAUAAUCUUUAGAUAUAUGAAAAUUUAAAUCACAUACAAACAUUAUAGCGUAGCAAAUGAAGCAAACAUUUAGCAUAAUUCUUGAUAAAUAUUAUUGAAAAGUUAAACAAUUUUAAUACAUUUUUUAAUGUGACUUUGUAAAAGCAUACUUGAGCAGUAAGCACACAGCAUUGACCAGGCGUCAGGACGCGAGUUAGUGAGAGAGAAAGAAAUAAAAAAUAUGCAAACAUGAUUUAAUUGCAAGCUAUUCGGUUAAAUAGACGGAGAAACUAAAUCUUCCCCGGAACAUAGCGAACUGACAAUUAAAAACAUUAAUUUUUCGUUCUAUCGAUGAUCCUUUACAUGCAUUGCACUUGAUGAUAAAAUAUUUAUGUGAUCAUAGUUCAUUGAUUCGUUUUUUUUCUUAAUUUUUUUAUGUUAUUUAAUUUCUGUUUGGCAAUUUGUCAUUCACAUAUGAAAAUGAAUUUUUUUUUAUUUCUCUUUCUGACAAAUAACAGUAGAAAGUUAUUGAAACAUGUCAACGAUUGAUGUCACAAUUUACAUUCAAUCGAAGGGUAAGAUGAUGAAUAAAGAAAUUUAUUUACCAUUUCAUGCGAUUUAAGAAUUGUAAUAUUUAUUUUAAAUAAUAAUUGCAUAUUUCUUUAACUUAAGCAUUGAUUGACACUCUUAAUAAUGACAUAAAAUUGUAUUGAAUUUAUUUCACAUAUAUUUGAAAUAUUUUAUUCAUAUAUUUGAUUAUUAUGAUGAAUAU